AUGUCUGUCAGAGAUUUUUUGAAAACCAAUCCACCACUGAUGAAAAGAGAUAGCGAGGUAACAAACAUCAAAACUGUUUUAUUUACAAGUUGUUUGAACUUUUCUUUUUCCAGCAAUCGUGCGACGAAGACAACAACGAUGAACAAUUGAUUGAUGAAACAAUACGAAAAUAUAACAAAUUUCGUGUUCGAAACCCGCCCAAAAAAUAUAAAAGAAACCCCGCAAAUUCUUCAUCUUCCACUAAUUCCACUUCAAAUAUCGAUCCAAAACCCGUUGAAAAUAUAAUUGAUCCACCACAAAUCCCAACAACAAGCAAUCCCGAACAUUCUCAACACAUUGUUAUGCCUUCUGUCCAACGAUUCGAUUUAAUGCAAACGCAAAACAUUUAUUGCCCACAGACAUCUUUUAUUGUACAAAAUCAAACUUCUCAAGGAAUUCCUGAUCUCAAAUACCAUCUGGAUAAUCCUGAAUCGAAUUGGAAAGCUGUUGAAACAUCAUCCACUUCUUCUUCCUCAUUUAUGGAUCAUCAACAUUCGAAUUUCUUGCCUUUUAUGAGUUCCGAACCUCAUUCAAGAUCAGCAUUCGUUCCCGCCUAUCAUGUGAGUUUUUUUUUGAAAAUUUUUUUAUCAUCAUCAUAUAUUUUUUUCAGAAAGAGCGAAGGUGA